UCAAACGUUAUCACAAAUUUGUGUAAAACUUAUGUUGCUCUUUAAUACAUCGUUUUAAAGGCUAUUUUGCAAAAGUAUGAUAAUUUGUGAUCAUUGUUGAAUUCGAUUCUUGUCGAUAAAAUAAGUUUAGAUCCGGAGACCGGACACGACGGUACCGGCAUUCGAAGCAAUUAUUUAUUACUGUAAAAUUCAAUAAAGUUUCCUCUAUUUGCUUUGGAUGUGUUAAAUUAGUAAUUACUUCUCAAAAUUAAAUAUAAAAACAAAAGUGAAGUUAGCAUAAGAAUUACAGUUUUCACACAAAAAUACAUAAAUCCUGCACAAAAUGCAAUUUUGUAACAGUGGAGAUCUAAAAUUAGAUGCUGCAGUUGAAGGAUGGUUAAAAAUAGAUAAGAACCCAGAAACAAGGAAGGAAGUCCUCGACGACAUAGCCAACUCGCGAUGGGACAAGCUGCGCGGAAGCAUGCUGAAGCGGCAGAAGUUCGGCACGGCGGGGCUCCGCGGCCGCAUGGGCGCCGGCUACACCGGCAUGAACGACGUCGUCGUGCUGCAGACUGCGCAGGGCCUGUGCUCUUAUAUCCAGAAGGAAUGCCACCAGGGUCAGCUGCAAAAUGGGAUUGUCAUCGGAUACGAUGGCCGAUACAACAGCAAACGGUUCGCCGAAUUGACCGCCAGGGUGUUCGUGUCCGCAUCCAUCCCCGUGCACCUGUUCUCGGCCGUGUGCCCCACGCCGCUGGUGUCGUUCGCCACCAUCCUGUACGGCGUGGCCGGCGGCGUCAUGGUCACCGCCUCGCACAACCCCAAGGAGGACAACGGAUACAAGGUAUACUGGGGCAAUGGAUCACAAAUUACAGCUCCUCAUGACCAACACAUAUUGGAAGAAAUAUUACAGUAUUUGGAUAUACCUGACUCGCACUGGGUGACAGACGGCGUGCGUAGCCAUGCGCUCGUAUCGGACUGCCUGUCGGAGGUGACGGAGCGCUAUAUGCAGUACAUUGCGGACAGCGUGGGCCCGGAACAGCGCGCCACCAACGCGCGCGCCGCAGUGGACACCGUGUAUAGCGCCAUGCACGGCGUUGGAUACGAUUAUGUGUUGAAGGCUUUCGAGUCCGCCAGUCUGAAGCCGCCCAUCAGCGUGCCCGAGCAGCAAGAGCCCAACCCCGACUUCCCGACCGUGGUGUUCCCCAACCCCGAGGAGCCCGAGUGUCUGCAGCUCAGCAAGCGGCUCGCGGAGCAGAAGCGUGCCAGGCUGCUCCUGGUCAACGACCCUGACGCUGAUAGGCUGGCUGUGGCCGAGUUUGACCGGAGUGCGAAGAAAUGGAAGGUGUUCUCCGGCAACGAAAUGGGUGCACUGCUCAGCUGGUGGCUGCUCCAACACGCCACGGGCGACGACGACGACCGCUACGUCAUCACCAGCAUCGUCAGCUCCAAGAUGCUGCGCGCCAUCGUCCAGGGCCGAGGGCACUUCGUGGAGACGCUCACGGGCUUCAAGUGGAUGGGCAACACAGCGCUGCUGUUAAUGCAGCAGGGCAAGAAUCCGCUGUUCGCGUUCGAGGAAGCCAUCGGCUACAUGUGCUCUCCGCGCGUGCCAGACAAGGACGGAAUCUCCGCCGCCGUACAUGUGGCUUCCCUCGCAUCGCACCUGUACUCGUCGGGCUCGUCUCUAGGCGAACAGCUGCAGGCGCUGUACCGCGAGUACGGCUACCACGUGUGCCUCAACGGGUACUUCAUCUGCCACGACCAGGCCGCCAUACACGACAUAUUUGCCAGGAUCAGGAACUACCAUGGACCGGCUAUGUACCCACAAAAAGUGGGAUCAUGUGAGAUCGUGUCCGUCAACGACUUCGCGGCCGGCGUCAAAAUUCCCGAAGAGAGCACAGACAACCGGCAUCUAACAGAUGUCCUAGGCACGGGCCUGGACCAGGACUACACGAGCGGCGAGAUGGUGAUCCUGCAGUGCAGCAACGGGCUCGGGCUCAUCGUGCGCACCAGCGGCACCGAGCCCAAGCUCAAGUACUACACCGAGCUGGUCUGCAAGGCCGACACUCUGCAGGAACAAGAACAGAUGAACGCGAAACUCAAGGUGAUGGUGAAGGAGUUCAUGGAAGAGCUGCUGCAACCGCACAAACAUGGUUUGAUUGGAGAAAUUGCUUAAAAGUUACCGAACGAGACACGGCCUUGUAUUAUACAUCAUUUUCUUGUGAUACGAUUGAACCAAAAACUACAUGAUCUUGAUAACCUCUAAUGUUUUUAAAUUUUUGACGUUGUAUAAGCAUUCCAUAAAAAAUUUCUCAUCUCAAUUGUAAAGUAGGUAUUCAUCUUUAUUAUUAUGUAACCUACUACUAGUUUCGAAGGAAACUUUUGCCUGCAAAAUGUGACAAGUGAUUGUCAGUCUUUAUCGUCUACAGAAGCGAAGUAAGAAGUAUUGACUUGCGAUUUACGUUUGCAAAUAUACGAUUGAUUGAUUGAUGCGAAGAUGAUGAAUUCAGAUGCCUAUUAUUAUGCUUUUGAAUUAUAACAUAUUACCCUAAAAGUAAAAAAAGACAUUGGUGGCAAGUACUUAUGAACACCUAUUUUGUUAAUAUUUAUGUUUCAUGGUUAAUCUUAUGGUGCGGCCAGAUAUGCAGGGAUUCUGGGUAGCGAGAGACGCCGUCACGAAUAUUCGCCGAAUCCCGAAAUAUGUGGCCGCACCAAAUACAAACUUACUGAAUUACCAACGAUGUGAUUCGUAAUAGUAGAUUACGAUACAAGUGCGGAAAGUAGGAAAAUCGUAACGUGUGGCGAUAAAUUAAAAUACGACCGUAACUAGUGUUUUAAAUCAACAGAGUUGCGAAUUAUCUAUUCGCAUGUGUAUCGUACAAGGUUUUACAGCACAUAGGCCUUGACGUUUUCGACAUAGGCACGUAUAGUGCUAAUUACCGCACUAGGGCGGUAAAAUAGCACUAUAUGUACUGUUAAGCUAGUUAAAACUUACUGUGAUACUUUUUCUGUGAGUAUUUAAAAAUGAAUGAUGAUUUUAAUUUCGCUGUUAUGUCUUUGCAUUUGAUUACGAAUUUAAUCAACAAUUAUCAGAAACAUUGACAUUUCCUUUUAUAUACGAGUAGGUAUGAAAUAAAUGUAAUAAUUACAAAAUCUACCAAAGGUAAAUAAGUGCCUAGCCUUGCUAAAUCCCCAUUUUUAUCAUUUUAACUUAUCGACGUACAUAGUUAUUUAAUAUUUAUAACAUAUACAUACAAAUAAAACUAAUUAAUAUACACAAUAAAA